AUGCACGACCAGGAUAGAGUCGUGGCAGUCCCUGCCCACCAUGGUCCAAACGUACUACCAAACUUCCCUCUGUUUUCCAAGCUUCUGCGACUGGCUCAUCGAUGCCCGCCUCCCAUCGCCGUGAGGGACGUUCAUGCGGGGGUGGAGAAAACAUAUCUACAGCUGCUCGGAGAUGUGUUGCAACUUCGCAGCAUACUGCAGCGGCGGUUAAGUCAAGAGGUCCUCCAACAGCUCGAGAAGGAAGAUGAAGUCUACAUUGCCCUAUUAGCUCCAGGAGGAUACGAGUAUGUUGUCGGUUUCCUCGCCAUCUUGGCUGUCGGGGCUGCUGUAGUGCCUAUAUGUGCGUCUACCCCUCUUCUACGUCGAGAAUGUUCGACUAACUGUAUUAUCCUCUGUAAAACAGCGGUCAGUGUCCCUGUGAAAGAGGCAUGCUAUUUUGUGCAAAAAGCCCAAUGUGCGGCCAUCCUUUGUUCGGCCGCUGCGUCAGGCCUGGCUCGGUCGACAAUUCAACAGAUAAAUACUUCCAGACAGCCCCCGUUCGCCGCUCUGACGAUCGCGGAGCACCUCGGCACAACCGCUGUUGCAAGAGAAGAUAUAUUCAUCUCCUCGAACCGCUUCUUAGAUCUGAACAGAGCCGGGCUCGUCAUCUUCACAUCGGGCACCACCGGCCCGCCCAAAGGCGUUGUCCAUCGCCGCGGACAGCUCACUGAAAACGCGGAGAUCAUCGCCGAACAGUACCGCAUAACAGACACGGACACUGCGCAGCAUUUGCUCCCAGUGCACCAUGCCACCGGGAUCGGGAUCACGCUGCUGCCGUAUCUCAUCUCCGGCGCCUGCGUCGAGUUCCGUUCCGGCGGGUUCGACCCGGCCUGGACGUGGGAUCGCUGGCGUCGGCCGGGGAUUACCGUCUUCUCGGGCGUCCCGACAAUGUAUACCCGGCUAAAGCAGUAUUUCGAAGAUGUUAUAUCGACAAUGCCGGCUGACGCGAGGGACGAGUAUAUACAGGGCGCGCGUCGUCUGCGCAUCCUUCUCUGCGGCACGUCGGCGCUCCCUAGCCCCGUCCAGGCGUUCUGGACGAAACUGUUAAAUGGAAAGCCGAUUCUGACGCGCUAUGGGGCGACGGAGAUUGGGUCUAUAUUCAAGGUUGACUUGGAUCCUGACGAUACUCUGGCGAACAGCGUGGGCCGGCUGGAACCUGGGGUGUCGAUCAAAUUGACGGACGAGGGCCUGCUGCUGGUGAAGGGCCCGCUGAUGUUUUCCAAGUAUCUGUUUGACACGCAGGCGACUAUUGACUCCCACGAUGAAGACGGGUAUUUCCGUACCGGUGAUGUUGUACACCAGGAGGGUCCUUACUAUACUAUACUUGGGCGGGCCUCGCUGGAUAUUAUCAAAUCUGGCGGCUACAAGCUAUCGGCACUUGAUAUUGAACGAGAAUUACUAGGCCUCGAGUACAUUUCCGAAGCCAUGGUCGUGGGCGUGCCCGACGACGAAUUCGGACAGAGGGUAGCAGCAGCAAUAUGCUUGGCUACAAAGCAUCGCAACAAAAAGCUCACGUUGGAGGCACUGCGCACUGAUCUGCGCGACAGGCUCGCAGGGUACAAGUUGCCAACGGUGCUGCGAGUGCUCGACGGAGAGUUGCCCAAGUCUGGGACAGGCAAAGUUCAAAAGAAGAUACUCGGUCCCGUCUAUUUCCCAUCGAACUAUGACAGCAAUCCCGAAGUGCAGGUAUGGAGGAAAGCCAGAAGACCAAAGCUAUAG